GUAGUUCAUCUGACAAUGUGUUGAAAACUUGGGACGUCCAUACAGGAAAAGAAUUAAAGUCAAGGUCAACAAUGAAGCAGGAUUUGUACAAGGCAUCAUUUGCAGCAGAUGGUCAAGUAAUAGUGCAAUCAUAUAAAAACGCCAUUGUUACCUGCAGCUCUGAAUGGGAAUUAAAGUACACAAUUGAAAUGAAGGACAACGUAGGGGAAACUUUUGUGGGGAAAAAUAAAAGUACCAUUGCUGCUUUUGACAGAACUGAACUCGUCCUAUUUGAUGCUCUUUCUGGGAAGGAGUUAAGACGUAAAAAUUUGCCCACUAAGAUUGAAGGUCACCUGAUGGAGUAUAUGACAGGAUCAGAAAAUUAUGUGGCUUUUACAAGCCAUCUCAUGGAAAAAUUGCACGUUUAUAACAUAAAAGACGAUUCCUUCACCCCGGCCGUCAAAAUGGGGGAAGAUAGAGACAUAGUCGCAAUGGCCAUAUCACCUGACGAAACACAGAUUGUGGCAGGGAGAGGAAUAAAUGAAAUCGCAUUUUUUGAAAUUUCUACACUUCAGCUUUUGCGUACAAGUAAAGCUUUGGAAGGUAAUAAUUUAUUGAAUGCCAUUUAUUGGCAAAAUGACAAUAUACUGACAUGCGACAACCAAUUUGUAAUUAUAACCGACAAAUUCGGAAGUGAAGUAUCAACGCAUUUCCACCAUUCCGUUUCAUUGGAGGAUGUGAAGACGUGUGAUAUGAAGUUAUUUGUCACGAUGUCGGGAGAUAACAUUAUACGAGUCUGGGAUCUAGAGAAGGAAGACGUACAGAACAAGCUCCCAGAGCAACCAAACCGACUUCGUGAUAUCAUCCCUAUGAAGAACACACGUUACUCAGUUUUGCAUCGGACUAUAAAGGAGGGACCGAGCCUUUUUGAAAUUUAUGACAUCCAAAAGCACAAGGUCGUAAAAUCGUUUACUUUGGAUUGCGAAGCGAGGGACAUUUUUCUGUUGGAUGACGACACUCUCACACUAGUUAACUCAAAUGAUAAAAUCAUCAAGAUUUCCAUUGAUACAACAUCAGUAUCUACUGUGUUUGAGGGAGUGAUUCCUGCAGGGAACAGAGAUUUACGCCUUUUUAAUAAUGGCAAAGAACUCGUUGUGCAAACUCGAGGAAGGAAAAACUUGAAAUGUUAUGACUUGAAAUCAGGGAAAGUUACAAAAAUCAUCCCUUGUUCAACUGAAGAAAAAUCAACCCUCAUCGAUGUAAUAGAGACUUCCCGAGAAGGUCAUGUUAUAGCUUGUAUAACAGAAGAUGAGAGAUUUCUAAUUUGUGAUGCACAAAAGAAAAAAGUCAUCAAAACAAUAGCCAAAAAAGACCUUGGACCACAAGCCAGGGAAACAGGGUUAGAUGUUGCAGUUUCUAGUCGAGGAAACUACGUGAUUGGAUCGUUGCAAUAUGUUAGAAAAGAGAUGCUUACUACACCAUUUGUAUGGAAAAAAGAAGACGAUGAAAUUACCAUACUCUUUGACGAGAAAGAAUUCAAAGCGUACACAGAACAGGGCAGAGACAUAAAUGGUUUAGACAUGAAUAAUUUGGUAUUUAUAAAAGAUGAACUCUUGGCAGCAGGGUACUCAGACGGAGCGAUUAGAUUGUGGGACGUGGCGAAAGGUACUGUUCACAUGAAGUUAAGUGGACACACAGACAUGGUGGACAUUUAUGGAAAUCCGUAUGGUCCGUAUAUGUUGUCAUAUUGUGACCUUGAAGAAUUAAAUCUUAUGCGAAUUUGGGAUAUCAACAGCUGGGAAUGUCUUGCAGGCUACAAACCGGAAGCCUUUUAUCGGAAAGUAACGCCUGCGAGCGAUGGUAAAAGCUUUCUGGCUGAUUUAGACAGUAAUGUUGUGCAUUUAACCCUAAAUGAUUUCGAUAAAAAAGAAUUUGACAAACAGGAAAGGAUAUUUCAAAUUGAAGAUACAAACAUUAAAUUAGAGGUGUUGGAUAAAAAUGACAAGAUAAUAUCUCCGGAUGAUCCAGAUCAAGAGGAUGAAGAGCCGGAAGUAGAUUUCAGCGACGACGACGACGAUCUAGAUGAAGACGACGAUGAUAACGACGAAACAAAAGACGACUAAACAUUACAUUAUGUUAAAAUGAUAUGUGUAUUAUAGUUACUGACAAUUUUAUUACAUUCAUUUUAAUACAUGAAAGUAAAUAAAACCCAUUUCGCCACUUUACUUUAUCAGCAAUAGAAGGUAUAUCAAUGAAAGCAGUGUAACAUUACAAAAAUCUGAGACACGGGUUCUUCAGUUAGGUUGACUAGAAUGAUUAAAUAGAAUAAUGAUGUAAAAUAUAUUUUUCGCAGUAUUUUAGAAUUCUUAAAUGUAUUAUAUAUAUUUUAGUGUAGUCAAAAUAAUUGAAAUGAUUUCAAACACUUCUUACCUAAUACUUAAAAUUGAAAAUUUUGCAAGAAUAUAGUUUACAUGCAUUUUGUGUUUUUUGUUAACCACUAAGUUUUUUAA